AUGAGUCAUCUCGAGGCAGACCCAACACUCAAGUCCUACGCUGACAUCCAUGGAGAAUGGGAACACAGAGAGAUCACCAUCUUUGGUGCUGUCAAGAGUUUCAUUGGCCAGCUUGGCAUUGGUCAAGAGUUGACAAAGGUCAGCAUGCCAUCAAUCUUCUUGAUGCCAUACUCUAUUCUUGAGCUGGCAGCAUCUCGCUAUUUGAAGUUCUUCCACUUGCUGUCCGGAGGACUCUAUGAGGCAGACCCAACUAGAAGGAUGGCGAUAGUUAUCCAAUACUUUUUGUCAUGUAUCACCGAUGGAAAUUUCACAAAGAAGCCAUAUAAUGCUUUGCUUGGUGAGACACAUCAAUGCUUUGUCAGAUACCCAACAUAUGAGGGCGAGGGCACUACCACUGCCAGGUACAUCGCCGAGCAGGUCUCCCAUCAUCCACCCGUCACUGCAUUCAGGAUCGAGACUACAGAGGGUGUCUCAAUGGACGCAAGCGUACAGUUCUUGGCCAAGUUCCACAUGAACUCGGUGUCAGUACUUACCUCUGGCUCCAUCAUCAUCUCUUUGACUCUUAAGGACGAGUCGGGCAAAGAGUUCAAGGAGGAGUAUGUGAUUGAUAAGGGUCUGCCCGACGCCAUUGUCAAGAACGUCAUCUUUGGCACUAGAACGAUCAACUGGACGGACGCCGUCGACAUCAUGUGCCAGUCGACCAACAUCUCUGCCGUGCUACACUUUGACAAGAACGAGUUUGUCAAUGGCCAGAUCUGUGUGAUCAACGAGGAGACCAGCGACGAGGAGCUCGCCGCCACCGUCAACGGCUACCUCAACAACAUCGUCAAUAUCGAAUACCACGAGGCUGGAAAGAAGGUCAAGAAGUCAAAGAAGAAGUCAAAGAAGUCUAAACAUCACAAGGACAGCCCAACCGACACUGUCCUGCUCGAGUCUGGCGCAUUGACUCCCAACACCACCCUAUACCCUAAGCAAGCCGACUUUUCUUCGUUAAAUAUUUGGAAAGAGGUUACCAAGCAUAUUGUUGACGGCGAUAUGGCCUCGUCCGACAUUGUCAAGAAGGAGAUUGAGGAUGAGCAGAGAAAGAGAUUGAAGAGCGCCAAGGAGGACGAGAAGAAGGAGCGAGUGUUCUUUAAAUUCGACGAGGAAUCAGAGCGCUGGGUAUUCAAGGGCUUCCCAACACCCAACUAA